CGAGGAUUACACGAUUCCUCGUCGACAAGGCUCAAGCGCUCAAGCUCAAGCAUCAGAUUUAUAGUAGCUGCUCGUUGCCAUAUCCGCAUAAUCUUCCUUCUAAGGAACCAAGCUUGUUAUCUUUACCCUUUGAACUCAUCAUCAAUCGCUCGCACAAGUCUUUGUAUAUAACCAAGGAAAUCAGCGCGCCAACUUCCAUCGAUUUUUAGUUAUAUCCCAUGCCCCCUCCAAUGGCCAGCACAACAGUUCGAAUAUCCGCGAACUUUGGACCUGCGAGCCAAUUUGAGAACUCGCCCGCUACCUUCAUCCAGCUGAAGGGCCGGACAGAUCACGAACAGGGCGAACUUUAUCUACAAUUAUCGCUGACAGCCCUGCGAGAGCUGGCCGACUUGUUGGAAAAUGAUCGUCUCUCAGCAACUGAUAAAGCUACCUACAAUCGAGCCUACACCGCUGGAAAGCUUCAAUAUGACCAAGCGGUAAAACUCAGAGACCAGCUUCAGAUGCGGAAGAAGUCUUUCCGCAAGUUCAUUGUUAACCUUUUCGUCCGCGAGUCGGAUGCCAAGCAUUUUCGUAAAGUUACAUAUCGGGCUUAUAAGGGUAUCAAAAGAACUUCAGAAGACUUGGUCAGACGUUUGCUGCCGGAAAAAGAUGAUACCCUUGUAUUUGGAAGUCCAGGGGAGUCCGCACAAGCCUCUGUUUGUGAGGGGAGUCUGUGUGAUGUGGUAGAGAACUGUCUUUCAGUCACCGAUCUUCCUCCGAACGAAACCAUCCGAGGCCUUAAUGUAGAUGUACACAAUGAACAAGAAGAACAAGAGGUCUUUGAAUCGCUGAGUCGAAUAGCGAAAGCUAGAGAGGCAUACAAAGAAGAAGCAGAAUAUGAUGAUGAUGAUCAAUCCACCAUCAGAUCCCCGCACUCACAAAGUAGAGCAUCAUCUCCUAGCCCGAGUUGCAAAAUCAAUGUUUAUUACAAUAUCAACCAAAGCGCGGUGUCUUUUGAUUCGGAAUUGACAGGAACAACAUUGAACUUCGGGGUGAAUGGAGGGGUCGGCUCUGCGUAUGGUUGAAUACUGGAUACCCAAUAACCCAACGUCUCAGUUAGAUUGAUUUGAUGGUUGUAAUUCGUGUUCAAUAACAUGUCUAGUCGGCAGUAACGUUGAAGUAAUACAUCAAAUAUUGAUCGGGCA